CUUCUUCUAUUUAUUAUUCAACACCGCCUCUUUAUCUUUCUCCCCACGUCUUCGCCUCCCUCUUCUUCCUUUAGGGUUGAGAGUCUGUCUCCAUCUUCAAGAAUUUGGGAUUUUUAGAUGACCAUGGAUCCGAAUUCCACUGAAACCUUUGAUUACAUCAACGGUUUCAAAGCUGAAGACUAUGCAUUCCACAAUGGAUUUCAAUUCGAUAUCCCAUCUCCAGAUCUUAACUUUAUGAACAUGUAUGUUCAUCCUAUUAUACCUCCUGAACCCGACCCUAGUAUCUUUGUUCCAUCCGUUACAAGUUCAGAUGGUAGCUCUUUUUCAGCUUCCUCGGGCUGGAGUCCGGUUGGGGAGUCUGAUUCACCUCCUACUGACAGCGACUCAACCGAUCCAGUCCUCAAAUACAUUAGCCAGAUGCUUAUGGAAGAAAACAUGGAAGACAAGCCUCAUAUGUUCAAUGAUUAUUUGGCUCUGGAAGACACCGAAAAAUCCUUAUAUGAAGUCAUCGGUGAGCAAUAUCAUUCGAAUACUCAAAUGGAGAGUCCUAACAGUAAUCUUUCUGGUAGUAAUGGCCAUUCGAAUACUAGUGUUGGCACUGGUAGUGAGUCUAGUUAUUAUGUCGAUCAUCACGGUGUUGGUGAAAUUGGAGGGCCUUCUCUUUCCUUGUCACAAGCUCCUUACUCUUUGCAGCCCACUUUGGAACAGUCUGGUUCACAUUUUUCUGUGAGCUCUGCUAAUAGCUUGAGUAACAUUGGUCAUGGGAUGAUGGAAUCUUCGGUUAGUGAGCUUCUCGUUAAGAACAUGUUUAAUGAUAAGGAAUCUAUUUUGCAGUUCCAGAGAGGGUUUGAGGAAGCCAGUAAGUUAAUCCCUACUAAUGAGCAACUAGUUAUUGACCUAGAGAGCAACGCAUUUCCCAUUCGGAAAAGGGGGGAUGUAAGGAAAGUUGUAGUCAAGGUGGAGAAGGAUGAGAGGGAGAGUUCUUCUGAUGGGUUGGCGGGUAGGAAGAAUCAUGAUCGGGACGAUUGGGAAUUGGAAGAUGAGAGGAGCACCAAGCAAUCUGCAACUUGUAUAGAAGAGAGUGAUCUGUCUGAAGUAUUUGAUAGGGUGUUACUUUGUACUGAAGGAAACACUAUGUGUGGCACCAAUGGAACUGUGAAGCAUGGAGAAACCAAUACGUUGCAGCAGAAAGAUCUGUCAAAUGGAUCUAGUGUUGGAAAAACUCGGUCUAAGAAAACGGGGAACAAGAAAGAAAUGGUGGAUUUGAGGACUCUUCUGAUUCUCUGUGCACAGGCUGUUUCUGCUGAUGAUCGUAGGACAGCGGGUGAACUGCUAAAGCAGAUUAAAGAGCACUCUUCCCCUCAUGGUGAUGGAAAUCAGAGGUUGGCCUAUUUCUUUGCAGAUGGCCUCGAAGCACGGUUGGAUGGGAGUGGAGCUCUAGUUCACAAUUGUGUUGCUUCUCUAGCUUCCAAGAAGACAACAGCUGCUGAUAUCUUGAAAGCUUAUAAAGCUUACCUUUGCGCUUGUCCGUUUACGAAGCUAGCAAUCGUCUUUUCAAACAAAACGAUUUACCGUGUGUCUCAGAAAGCAAGUGUCCUUCAUAUUGUAGAUUUUGGUAUUCUGUAUGGUUUCCAAUGGCCCAUUCUUAUCCAGCAUCUCUCAAAUAGACCUGGAGGGCCUCCUAAGCUACGCGUUACCGGAAUCGAGAUUCCCCAACGUGGUUUCCGCCCAGCAGAAAGAAUUGAAGAGACAGGUCGUCGCUUGGCAAAGUAUUGUGAGCGUUUUGGCGUUCCAUUUGAGUACAACCCGAUAGCAGUUGAACACUGGGAAACCAUCCGGAUUGAGGACAUGAAGAUCAAUCGCAAUGAGUUUCUUGCCGUGAAUUCUCUUUUCCGGUUUCAGAAUCUACUUGAUGAGACCGCCGAGGUGGACUGUCCGAGGAAUGCCGUGUUGAAAUUGAUCAGGAAAAUAAACCCAGAUAUUUUUGUUCACAAUAUAGUGAAUGGAGCUUACAAUGCUCCCUUCUUUGUUACAAGGUUCAGGGAGGCUCUAUUCCAUAUCUCUGCAAUAUUUGACGUAUUCGAGAACACAUUACCUCGUGUGGAUCCAGCUAGGUUGAUGUUCGAGAGGGAGUUUUAUGGGCGGGAAGCAAUGAAUGUUAUAGCAUGUGAGGGGUCGGCAAGGGUUCAGAGGCCAGAAACAUACAAGCAAUGGCAGAUUCGUACGAUCAGAGCAGGAUUCAAGCCGCUUCCGUUGGAGCGAGAACUGAUGAAGUUAGUCGGGCAUAAGUUGGAGGCUUGCUACCACAAAGAUUUCGUAAUCGAUGAAGACAACAACUGGAUGCUGCAGGGAUGGAAGGGCAGGAUUCUUUACGGUUCGUCGUGUUGGGUACCUGCAUAGGAGGCUGGACCGGAAUAUCGGCUACAAUCAAGAUCGUGACGGAGACAUUCCCUUGGAAAGGAUAGUUUCAAACUAUGGGGGAAGCUAACAAUCCAGCUCACACACACAUUAUUUGUAUACAUGCAUGCUUUGCUGACUUUCAUAUUGAGAUGUGUAAUCAGUUAGUAAUUCCUUUCCUGCUUGUUUUCCCUGUUACUGGGGUGAUAUCCAUCACCCAUGGGGAACAUCUCAUCUUUUUGUACUUGUACUGCAUUAGUUAAAAAUAUUAGUCCAUGAAAGUGAAAUUUUGUAGAAAA